AUGCAGCAAACUCUUGCCUUCUUGUUGACCUCGGCCGCUGCCGCCGUCUCGGCGUGCACAAUUCCGGGAGGCCCGGCGCUGUCCAACAACAUCACAGAGCCCUUCGCGCUCAAGCUACAGAAUGCCUCCAACCCAGACGUCCACAAUCACUUCCUAAACAUCUGGGACUGGGGUGGUGGCGACCAGCACCUCUUCGUCAGUCCAUCCGGUAACUCGACGAACGAGCUACAGCUCAUCGACGGCGUCAUCACCCUAUCCAGUGCCUUCUGGAACCCGCCGCGACGGGCCGUUAUUAAUGGGGAGUACGAGCCCUUGGACAAUACUACUAAGAUGUUCAUGACGGAGCGUGGAGACCCUCGCGCCGUCUGGGACGUCGUAUACGGCUGUAACCCGGACACGGAUGCGCUACAGGUCGAACUCAAGUUCAAGUCUCGCGGCACUGAGGAGCUUGGCGGCCUCAUGGGUGUGCGCCCUUUCAAUGGCAUGUAUGAUUUCCGAUGGAAGGGACCGGGCACUUCGGUCAACGACCCCAACCGCCCUUGGACUCAUGUUACCCUCGUCGUCGUACACAACGCUACGUUCACUUGA